CACCACCCCCCCACCCCCACCCCCUCGCUGCCUGCACAAACCGCAUCUCUCCUCUCUCCAUCACCAUCGACUUCCAUGCCCUUCCUCCAGUCGAUCACGAACCUGUUCGGCGGGAGCGGCGGCGGGAGCGCGUCGAGCUCGCGCGGCGGACACAACGCGCGCCGCUCCAUCGCCAUGACGCAGGACGCCUUUGCCAUGCCCUCGAGCGCGCGGUACGGGAAUGCAAAUCUCGAGCCGCACGACCUGUCGCCUGGCCCGAGCCGCCGCAACUCGGCCUACACGUCGUCAUACCCGCCUUCUGCUGGCGAGGGCUUCGCACCCACAUCCACGUCCUACCCGCCCUUAUCGCACACGUUCCACCGACUGCGGAACGCGCUCGGCGACUCGUUCCCCGAGCUCGUCGACUCGCUCAACCUGCCGUCCGAAGCGGCGAUUAUAUCAGAGUUUGAGCACGAGCUCGGAUGCCCCCUCCCGCCGGCGGUGCGCGAGUCGUUCCUCGUCGCCGACGGCCAGGACCUCGAGGGCGGCGGCGGCGGCAUCUUUUACGGCCUUUACUUGCUCCCUCUGGACGAGGUGGUGCGCGAGUGGCAGUUCUGGCGCCAGGUCGAGGUCGACCCCCGGACCGGCGCAAACCCCGUCGUGCUGGCCACCAUGGCGUCCAUCCCCCCGCAGUGGGUCAAGAGCGUGUACGCGUGCCGCGGCUGGCUACCCCUUGUUUCGGACCGCACGGGCAACUAUGUCGGUGUCGAUCUCGACCCGGGACCCGCCGGCCACUGGGGCCAGGUCAUCAUCUUUGGCCGCGACUUUGACCGCAAGUGUGUUGUCUGGAGAGGCGAGGGCGAGGGCGGCUGGGGCAAGUGGCUUGCCGCGUUUGUCGACGAGGUCGAGGCAGGCGAAAACUGGGAGACGGACAAGUCGCUCAACUCGGACGAUGAGGAGGAGCUCGGAUACGGCAGCUACAACGGCGCGCAGACCUACGGCGACCUCGGCCGCACACUCCAGCUCGCGGGCGAGUACAGAGGCUGGAGCGUCCUCGAGGCCUGGUGGGACAAGAGCACGCGCCAAUGGGAGGCCCUCGGCCUCGGCAUGGACGUGAAUGAGAUUGAGCGGGGCUUGGACGAGGCCCGCCGCCUGACUGGCGGUACCGCCGCCGCGCCGGGUUCUUCGGCAAAGGGCAAGGACAAGGAGGAGUCUGACGCAGCGAUUGAGAUUCGCUCGCGUGCCCAGGCGGGGACCAUUGACAUCCCAGAACCACCAGAUGUGACAUCGCCAAAGGGACCACCGAGCCCAGGGGAUCACGAGUCGCUACUGCCGCCUUCGUCGCCCGAGGCGCCCGUGCCCGCUAUUUUCGUACCCAACCAGCUGGGCGGGCCCUCGCCCACUGCCGCACGCCAGAUCACACCGCUGGCAACCACCUCCGACCACCCGCUCAAGCCAGACAACGACCUGCUGUCACCGCCGGCAAGAUCGCUCCCGGGGCAGAAGAGACAGUCGAGGCGUGUCCCGCCCCCAGCGCCGGUCGCACUAGACCUGCCAACGCGCGCUGAUGUGCAGGCCGCUCAGGCUGUCGCGCGCGCCGAGGCGACCGGCCUCCGCGGAGGCUGGAUCAUGAACCUCGACACGAGCACCGGGGCCGCCCAGCGCCGGACGCACAACGUGUCCCCCUCGCUCGACGCCGAGAUGGUCGACAUUGACCUGGAAGGCGGCCGCCAAGAGUCCUUUGGCACGCCACGCAUGCGUGCCGUCGACCACGAGCGUCAGGCAGAAGACGACCGCCUUUCCCAAUUGGGCAUUGAGCACCGCCGCACCGGCGGCACGUUAUCGCCCCAGCUGCUCGCCAUGUCGCGCACGCCGUCGCCCCUCUCCCGCAACCAGAGCUUUGACCGGACGCAGGGGGCUUCGGGUGUGCACUCUGCGAGCUCGAGUUCGACUGCGGGUGGCCCGCCAUCGCGCGACAGCCUGAGCACGCCUCCGCCCGGUUCGGUGGCCGCGGCCGCGUCGAGCCUGAUCCGCGAGCCGCCCCGUGUGGUCGACUCGCCACGGUCGCGGUCGCCGGCAGGCGGCGACGUCGAGCGAGAGAUUAUCCGCGGUAACGCUGCCAGGCGGCGCUCGUCUGCCACGCCUCAGCGCGAGGACUCGUCGGGCGGACGCACGCGCGACAACUCGUUACUCUCUGCCGACUCGCACGACGGGCUGCUCAUUGCCCCCACUGCAACCAGCGAGCCUCUGAGCGGCGCCACGACGCUCACGAGAAGUCCCCCGACGAUCACGACGACGCUUCCGGCCGACAGUGAGCCCAACGGCGCCAAGGCGACCACGCCCAGCACGCCCAAGGCGCGCGCGGCCGUCGACAAGCUCGUCGACGGGCUCGAGGAGGUUGCGCUGUAG